GUGCGACCGUCUAAAUUUAAAUAGUCCGCGUUAUACGAAAACAUCGCGGUUUUUUUUUCUUCUUAUAUUAUAUUGGCCGGCAUUUGAAUACAAUUGAUUGACUAUUGAAAAAAAAAUAUUUUGUGUGCUAAUUAUUAUUGUUUUUCAUAUUAUAUGGGUUGUAUUAAUUGUUCCGGCAGGUCUUAAGUAAAUAUAGGUUCUUCUCUGGUAAAAAUCAUCAUGUCCCAAUGCGCCUGCGUGAAAAAGAAGAAACCGGUAAUCAACGAAGAUGAAGAAUUUUCGGACAGCUCCAAAUCGGACAUCGAUAUGGCCACAGCACCCUGUUUAAACAAACCCAAACCACGAAGACAGUUGAGCUUCAAGAUCGGCAACUUUCGAAGACUGAUCCCGGACAGGAUAUUGCAGUGUUUCGGACAGGACGAGAUCGAAAUGACUAAAUUGGAAAAAACCAUAAAAGCUUCAUUACUAAUCCAAAAAUGGUACCGAAGGUACAUGGCAAGACUCGAAGUGAGACGACGGUACACGUGGACCAUAUUUCAGACAUUAGAAUACGCUGGAGAACAGGAUCAAGUCAAACUCUACAACUUUUUCAACGCCCUUCUAACCCACAUACCACAAACUGCUAAUAGGGACGGCUACAAUUCGAAAACCGCCAGCAGAAGUUCUUCGUUUGACAAUUUAGAUUUAGAAUUCGAAGACGAGUCCCCUGAAGAAGAAUACUCGUUUGAUCAGGAGGAUAAGAAGACUUUGAGGAAUUUCGUUUUGGAAUAUCCGUUACCGCCGAAAGUUGUGGCCGAUAUUCUGCGAAGAUCGAUAACGGCCCUUCGGAAACUUCCAAACAUUAGUGUGGUGUCGACGGCCCUUUCGAAACAAAUCACUGUUUGUGGAGAUUUACACGGAAAAUUCGACGACUUACUCGUUAUUUUGCACAAGAACGGACUUCCGUCGGCCGAAAACCCUUACGUUUUCAAUGGAGACUUUGUGGAUCGCGGCAAAAGAGGUCUCGAAGUAAUUCUGGUGCUUCUUUUAUGCCUGAUCGCAUUCCCUGGUGGAGUCUAUUUGAAUAGGGGCAAUCAUGAAGAUCACAUCAUGAACCAAAGAUAUGGAUUUAUAAGGGAAGUGCAGUCAAAGUAUAGGAAAAAUCACGAAAGGAUCCUGAAACUGUUCGAAAGUGUUUAUAGAUGGCUGCCGUUGGGUACGAUUGUCAAUAAUCGAGUUUUGAUUGUUCACGGGGGAAUUUCGGACACGACCGAUCUGGAAAUGAUACGAAGUUUGGAAAGGGAAAAGUACGUUUCGCUUUUGAGGCCUCCGCUUUGUGACAGUUCGGCGCCGGGUGCCGAAGCCAUUAACAAGGUCGAAUGGAAGCAAGUCUUUGAUAUUCUUUGGUCGGAUCCGCAAGAGACUAGAGGCUGUAUACCGAAUACUUUAAGAGGUGCUGGUACAUAUUUUGGACCAGACGUCACUAAGAAAUUUUUAGAAGACAACCGAUUGUCUUAUGUUGUAAGAUCGCACGAAUGUAAAGUCGACGGCUACGAAUUAUGCCAUGAGAAUUUGAUUAUAACUAUAUUUUCUGCUUCAAACUACUACGAAAUCGGUUCCAACAAUGGCGCCUAUGUGAAACUGAUGGGUCCAAACUUGGAACCGCAUUUUGUCCAAUACAUGGCCAACGCAGGCAGAAGGAAACUGAACUUUUUCCAACGAAUGGGGCUGGUCGAAUCCGGUGCCACCAAAGAAUUACAAGCUCAAAUUUUGAAUAAUAGACACAUGAUUGAAGGGGAGUUUGCUAAGCAUGAUCCUGAGAACACAGGUCUAAUUUCCAUUACUCAUUGGUGUACGACGAUGGAAAAAUGCACAGGACUACAAAUACCUUGGAGAUUGUUAAAGGAAAAAUUGGUUACGAUCGAUCCGGAUACAAAAAUGGUGCAUUACCAGUCGACGUUUGAUAUUAAAAGCAGUAAAUUAAACAGCGUCCAAGGAGCAAGUACUGUAGUGGAAACUCUUUAUAGGAACAAGAGCAGCUUAGAGGCAAUCUUUCGGAUAAUUGACAAAGAUAAUUCAGGUUACAUAAGUUUAGAUGAAUUGGCAGACGCCUGUAACCUAAUCAAAGAGCACAUGCCUUGCAAUAUGACAGAAGACCAACUUUCGGAAAUUUGUCGCCUGAUGGACAUCAACAAAGACGGUCUCGUAGAUUUGAACGAAUUCUUGGAAACUUUCAGAAUGGUAGAUCCGGAAAGUAAAUUCAAAAACAUGCCUAACAGUCCUGACAAUAGUAAUCUGAGUAGUCGCAGUCCGCGCGGUAAUUAUAGUAAAGAAAACGGGGAGAAAAAUAGUAUAUUUGUAGAGGCUGCCAAUUCUAUUAGAAACGAAGAACAGCUGUCGCCUUCUAAUCAAGGCGAAAAAUUUUCUUUGAAGGUUCAAGUGCACAACCAAGAAGGCGUUGAAGUUGAUAAUAAUUGUCACAGGAAUGGGUUGAAGGCCUCGCCUGUUCUGAGCAGCAGAAGAGGAUCACAAAUUUAAAAAUGAAUUUUUUAAUGGCCGAAGUACAAAUUUCUACAUUAACUGGCCUUAAAUUAAACAAAAAUAUUUAUUAGGUAAAUUUAUUUGUGGGACAAUAUCUUGGAAAGUAUAGGUAGUCUUCAGGUUGUUGGUGCUUUACGGGAUGAUACAAGAUUUUUCUACUAUCUACUAGACUUUCCUAGAUAAUUAUUAAAUAUUUGAAAAAUUAGUAUUAUUAAAUAAAUGGCUAUAAUAAUACAUAAUGCAAAUAAAAUAUAUGAUAUUACAAUUUAGGAGGAUAAGUCAUACAUAUGAGCAAUAACCUACGUUCAAUUACAAAUCUGUUUCAACGAUGCAUUUUGAUCCAAAAUGUCCUUUAACAGGAAACCUAAACUAAUUUAAGAGCUUAUGUAGAGAUGUUAUUAUAUUUUUAAAACAUGAUUUUCUAUAUAGUGAGAAAAGUUAUUUGUUCCAGUUUGUUGUUAGAUGUCAAUAUAUCAAUAUAUAUAUAUAUAGUAAAAACUAACAAAUAAAAUAUACGCUUCGAAAUUAUAGAACAGGGUAUGGCGGGGAUCAUUUUGCCUUAAGUCAAUGAUUCAUCUAUUGAUUGACCGAUAAUAUUUGUUUUGGACCUCACUUGUCAUGUUUUUUGGUAAGUAGAAUGUUUCAUUAUUGUAAUGGGGUACUUCCAACAUGUGCAUUGGGUUUUUACACUUGAUCAGUUCUGCUAGUGAAAAUCAACUCUCUGUUCUAUAACUUAACAGUCCUAAGUUUUGGUCUUUCCAUUUCAGAAUUAUAUUCUUGGCUAUUUUUGCAGCAGAUUCUGCCUGCCCAUUUUAUUGAGGAUAUGAUACCUAGUGUAAUAAUAUUGUUAUACUCAAUAUCGUAUCGUAUCAAGUUCUUUAUUAAAUUAUAAAUAUGAUCUCAACAAGAUCUAACCUUAUUAUUAUUAUCUCUAUGUUAACAGGACAACUGAAACUCACCUCUAUAUUUAUUAUAGGUGAUGUCCACAGUCUACUGUGUACAUUAAUUUAAAUGAAACUAUAUCUAUUAUUACACCUUCCCCUUUCCUUCUGAACAGAAAAACUAAAUAAACUAUACUUUAAAUAACCCAAACUAAUAUCCAGUGGCGGAUACAAAAAAAAAGAAAACAAAACCAUAUUUUAAGUUUUAAGAAUGUUUAGAAAGCUGGAAUCCUAUAAAAAAAUCACACUUUUGUCUUUGUCCCAAGAACUUUAAUCUCAAACAGUAGGUAUAUCAUUAGUGGUUGAGUUGAUUUAUUGCUUUUUUUUUGUUCUAAUUUAAAAAUAUUUAUACAAAAUCAAUAAGACUAUGUACAGGGUGUUUUUUUAUAUAUUGACAUCCCAACUACAGCCUUUACCUUUAUAGGUAGAUGAAAAAUGUAAAUACAAAAGUGGUACAGUAUAUAUAUUGGCUAAAUUUUUAAAAUCUAUGGUCAAAAACAAAAAUUGAAUGUCAGAAAUAUGAAAUAUUGCAUGCUUUCAGCUUUUUUCAAAUGGGAUGCACUAUAUUUUGGUUCUAUAUCCAUGAGGAGCACAAUUUCCCGAUUCCAAAACUAUACAGGGUGUAUCAGGUUUGACUACAAAAAUUUUAACACAUGAAAAUAUGGCCCAUUUUGAACAAAAAAAGUUUAUACAACAUGGGGUCCAAACUCAACCAUUUUUAAGAAAAAGGCCUUCGAAGUUUUAACAUUUUUUUGAUAAAUAUUUUAAAAUUAAAGAAAAUUUUAAUUAUUAUGAGAUGUAGAAAAAUUUAGUUUAUCCAAUUAUUAAGUAAUUUUUUAGUCAACAACAAUAACAAAAAAUCGGAAAAACAACAUACAAAUUUCACUUGUAAAAGGGUAUCUAAACAUCUGGCAACACAGCACAAUAAAGAAAAGGUGGUUGAAGGUUGAACCUUAGUGGAGCUGAAUAAAUUGAUUCUUGAUUUGUCUUUCCUAGUUGGGAAACGCGCGUAAUUCAAAUUCAUUUUUUUUUUAAAGUAAAAUGUUUAGAAACAUCGAAUAUGCAGAUACUUGUUUAGACAGAAUCGUUGCCAAAUGCUCAUUUAGCUACCAGAAUUCACAGUAAAACUAAGGAAAGAUUUUCCGAGAGAAAAUCACUCAUCUGAUGGAAGAACAUUGUGCCCGUGUUACAAAGAUUGCGUGAUACAAGAAGUGUGAGUUGUGAGUGUGCAAAAUCUGCGAGUUGAUUUUAGUGUUUUGAGAACUUUUCAACAAAAAUUAAUAUUUUCAUAAUAAGGAUUCGACAAGUAGCUGAGUAAGUAUUAUUUGAUUUUUAUCUUGAAUGUUUAUUGCAAAAAUGUCCUUCAAUGCAAUUCACAACUUAAUAAAAUGGCACAUUUUUUAUUUUUACUAGAAAAGUGAUAAAAAUGCAAGUUGUUAUUUGCAUUAUUUGAAAGUCAAUAACAAACCAAAUUGUGAACCGAUGAAAAUAAAUAAACGCCGUGCAAAAAAAAGUCUCAAAUUUACCAGUUUUAUUUACACUUAUAUGGUGGCAGAGAUAAAUACCUGUACAAUGUUGUCACGUUCUUGAUAUUUUUCUAAAUUUAAAUUCUGCCAUAACUCCGAAAACACUAACAAUUGACCCAUGGUCAAUAGGACACUUUUAGCUUGAAAUGGACCAUAUUAUCUCAUGUUAAAAUAUUUGUACUCAUACCUGAUACACCCUGUAUAGUUUGUCUAUAUUUGGUUGAGCCGUCUCUAACAUAUUUGGUUCUAAAAAUUUUUAAAACACUAUCAGAGAAAUCAAUUACCUCAAAUUUUACCUGCAGCUUUCACCUGUACAGAUAGAAUAGUUCACAAAAUCAGUGGUAGGAUAGUAUUUUUACAAUUUUUGGAGCUAAAUAUAUGAGAGAUUGCUCAAUCAAAUAUUGUUCUCAUCAAGAAUAUAGAAUGAAAUAUAGGGCAUCCCAUUUGAAAAAAGCUGGAAGCAUGCAAAAUUUCACAUUUCUGACAUUCAAAUUUUGUUUCUGACCAUGGUCGCUAAAAAUUCAGCCAAAACUGUACAACUUUUGUAUUUACACCUUUCUUCUACCUGUGAAGGUAAAGGCUGUAGGUGGGGUGUUAAUAUAUAAAAAAAACACCCUGUACAAAUAAGUGGAUUAAUGCAAAACUUAUGGGUGGACAUCUGCGGGACGAGCGCAGCGAGUUCCGCAGCCAUCUACUCACCAAUAUACUGUUGAACUGUUCAAAUAAGACACUCACCUGAAACGUGUAGUUUUUGAACUAAUGAGAAAAAUUCUCAACUGAGUAAAAUCAGGUUUAGUAUUGUACUUGAACAACAUAUUGGUAAAUAGAUGGUUAGGUCCACCCAUAAAUUCCGCAUCAAUCCACUCGUUUGUAGUUGAAUAACUUGUCACAAUAUAUUACUAGUUUGGUAAAGUAAUAUUACAAAUUCUUGUUAAAAGGCCAAUUGACAAAAAGUGGAUAAUCUUACUAAUUCUGACUUUAUAUAUAAUAAGUUAUUGUUCAAGUAUAAAUAAGUGGAUUGUUGCGGAACUUAUAAGUAGACCUCUGUGGGACGAGCGCAGCGAGUUCCGCAGCCAUCUAAUCACCAAUAUACGGUUGAACUCUUCAAGUAAGACAUUCACCUGAAAUGUGUAAUUUUUAAACCAAUGAGAAUAACUUACAUUUGAGUGAGUCAGUUUAGUAUUGUAAUUAAACAACAUAUUGAUGAACAGAUGAAUGCGGAACCCGC